AUAAAAAACCAAAACUUCCCCGGUACUGUGUCUACGGUUUUAGCAUCUCCCUUUUUACACACUUAAAAUUAACCAGGAGGUGUGGACAUCGUCUCUUUUUCCAAAAAAGUAGGGGGUUAUAACCAGAAGUAGCUGGCAACACAUGUGAAGAUGGCUGGCCUCUGCUGGCUGGUGAUGGUGCCAGCCUUCUUCCUGUCUCCUCCAAACAUUUUGGCUGCUGUAGACCAGGACUGGCUCACGAACAUUGUAGCAGCCGUCAAGAACGAGUAUGAACUAGGUGAUUCCUUCAGCGUGGCUUUGAACAUCCCACAGAAUCAAGAUCCAAGCAGUCUCCAAGAAAUCCUUCAGAAUGACCCAGCAGACAGAGUUAGAGGAGCCCUUUCACAGGGCCAAGUGUACAAAGGCACCAGGGUGGUGGCAGCAACACAGUCACAGGCACUAUCACAUGUUCUUCAGAACAUACAACCAUUCAUAAAAAGUAGUGAGGGUAACGUUCUCGUCAUCUACUCUGAAAACUCUCCAAUUUCAAAUGAUAAAGGUAUCACUUUGAACAUUGGUGAUAUCACUCACAACUGGAGUGGUUAUGCGUUUGUUUUUUCUAAUGUAGCUGAUGUUCCUGCUUCAGACACGUCUCAGCUGACUCAAUCAUUUAAGCAUCUUGAGAUUGCCAAACUUGGGCUUAACAACAUAUAUCGUUGUUAUGAACCUGGAGAUGAUACUUUUCAGUGCACAAGUUGCUCCUCGGGGGGAGAUGUUACACCCGAAUGUGUUGCAAACACAGCCCUGUCAAAUCAAGAACAAGGUACAGAUGUAGAAACACCUAAACCAGGCCUUGGCACUGGUCUAUUCAAUGACAUAGGCACUGGUAUAGAGACUGGUAUAGGCAAUGACAUAGGCAGUAAGAUACCUCCAGGCUCAGGUAGGGGAAAAGAGGGUCAAAUGAGCAAAUGCAAAGGAAAUCAAAGAGGAAGCUUCAAACGCAGGGGAGGCAGCCAGCUUAGAGGAGGAGGUCGAUGUAAAAAAGGAAGCAAGCUUAGAGGAGGUGGCCGGCGUAAAAAAGGAAGCAAGCUUAGACGAGGAGGUAGAGGUAAAAAAGGAAGCAAGCUUAGACGAGGAGGUAGACAUAGAAAAGGAAGCAAGCUUAGACGAGGAGGUAGACGUAGAAAAGGAAGCAAGCUUAGACGAGGAGGUAGACGUAGAAAAGGAAGCAAGCUUAGAGGAGGAGGCCAACGUAGAAAAGGAAGCAAGCAAGGCAGAAAACAGGGCAAAGGCAGAAGAGGAAGCAAAAGCAAAAGACGCAAGAAGAGUAGAAGAGGUGGCAAACGUAGACAUGGUUAAGGUAAAACAGGUCUGUCAUAUAGCCUUAAAUUCUGACAAGCAACCCAGUGAAGCUUACAAACACAAAAUCCUCUGAGAAACUGCAUUAUUUUUCCUUUUCAUAGAUUUUUUUAAAUUUUUUUUUAUGCUAGCUUAACUCUUAUUUUUUGGCCUUUAUACACAAAAUAAUUUGCUUUCGAACAUGUCAGUAAGUUAAUAUGACCAUGUCCCAUGUCACCUGCUGUUUAAACCUUCAAGGAGCUGCCAGAAAAUGUUGGUUCAAAAAAAGAAUAAAAUACAUUUGAAAAUAAUUUUUAAAAAAACAUGACAAUAGAAAUUAAAAGAAUAUGUCGACUUUAAGAAUUUUACAACCUUUUAAUGAUUUAAAGAGCUUUUGUGAAACAUUCUUACAGAUCUGUGGUAGGAGCAAUAAACUUGAAACUUUUGUCUUGAAUCAUAAAUUUGAGUCACAUAAAGGGACUUUGAAGAUAUUUGACUACUAUUUCAUUUAGUCAAAGAUUAAACAUGAUCAAAACUUUAAUGUUCUUUUCUUCUUGAUUAAAGCUUGGCUUGGCAUGCA